UGGCACUGUGCCUGGGGCUGGGGCCUCCCUGGAGAGAAGCAGCCGAGUCCUGUGGCCUUUCUGCAGGAGGGGCUGGGCUACCAGCCUGGGGAAACGCUGGCUCUGCUCUGGAGUCCCUCUCCCAUGGGGCAGAAGGGAAAGGGAACCCCUCCCAGUGGGAAGGGCAGACUGGUGUCCAGGGCGUGCUGAGCACCAGGCAGAGCUUCAGCCGCCCAAGCGGAGCCUCUCCCUUCCCUCCCCAGGAUAAUCGGGCUGUCCUGGGUGCGGUGGCUGCCAUGGUUGGUGUCCUUGUGUGUGAGGAGCGGCACUGCCAGCGUGCCCGGGAGCAGCUCCUCCGGCUCCUGCGCCAGCACCAGCGGCUCCAGGACACCUCCCGGGUCACCGAGAACCUCGGCCACGUACUGCAGAUGCUGGGGGGAGGUCAGACCCCAACCCCACGGGGCUCAGCUCUCGCCCCCCACACCGCUGGGCACCACCAGGUCCCUGAUGUGACUGAGGAGCCUGGGCCAGCCCAUAAGGCGAAGCCAUCCCGCCCCAUGACGCUGCAGGCCCGAACCUGCCCCGCAGCUGUUCUGCGGUCCCAGCUGAGGCACGGGAGCGAGGCCCAGCGUGUGGCAACCCUGAGCCUGCUGGGAGAGCUGGCCCGCUCUGACGCUCCUGUAGCAAGGAAGAAGCUGCCCCAGGUGGUGGCAGCUGUGCAGCUGGUGUGCAACGACCCCAGCGCCCAGGUGCGGAGGGCAGUUCUGGAGUUCAUCUGGGAAUUGCUCAGCUCCGGCUCCCAGAGCUGCUGGCCACGGGAUGUGGUGGGGCACAUCUUCAGCGAGUACAGCCGGAGCUCGGGCAGACUGGCGGCAGGAGGCCUUUUUGCCUGGGAGCCCCAGGAGGACAGAGCUCUUCAGUCCCUGUGCGUGGACAUCCUGGGCUCGCUGGAUGUCACUCGGAGAGGGAUGUCCCAACUCCUGUGGCCCAGGCUGCUGCAGUACGUGGUGCCAGCCCAGUACAGCGGCGUGCUGAUCCCGCUGUCCCGCGGCCUGCGAGCCCUGCUGGAGAGACGGGAGAGAGCGGCAUGUGAGGAAGAGGAGGAGCCCGAUGUUGUGGACUCGCCGGAGCAAGGCAGGAGCCCCAGGGAGUGCUGCUGGGUUUGGAAGGGGCUCAGCCCGGCUGCCGGCUCCCCAGGCGCUGCUGGCUCGAACGCUGGUGAGUAG